GGAAAAGAUGGAGACGAGGCUGUUCAGAAUCUGUAUGGAAUCAGGAGCACUCCUCAUCCAUUAAUCAGUGUCCUUGAAAACAGGCCUGAUUGCUGGCCAGUUCUAUUGCAGCAGGUGACAGUAUUUUUCCAUCAGUGUCCAGAGAGGGCACAGCGUUCAUGUGUUGGCAUCAUGGCUCCAUUUCUAAGAUACCUGUAUUGCGAACCAUCUCAGUUACGAGAGUAUGCUGAACUGCGAAUGGGUUUGCUUAAGAUCUUACUUCAGCCUCAUGGUCCAAAGCACGAAGAAGCACCUUCCAUGCUGGAAUGCCAGAUACUGCAGUUUCUGUGUGAUUUAAUUCCACACCUUCAGCUUAAAGACUUACUGCAAGUUACAGAAGCCUUGUUUUUUCUGCAAGAGCUAUUCCUCAGCCUACUGCGCUACCCUGUGUUUUGGAAAGUUCAUUUAUCCCAGUUUUGUCUGCAACUGUUAUGCUUCUGUGAAGUGUGUUUAAAUGUAACGGGAGAAUGCUCCUCUCUGAUCUCCUUAAUAGAGGACAACUUUGAGCUCUUAAAAGAGGUAUUUCCAGUGGAACAGUAUAUAAUUGGGCUAGCACUUCUACUGCUGCAAACACCAGAAAGUCAGCAAAAAUCUGUCUUGAGUCUAGCCUACAAGAUCCUUUCCUGUUCAGAAACCCAGAACAUCUCAACCACAGCUCUUACUUUGGUGAUGCCUGUGCUACAGAUCUUAUCUUCUACAACAGUUGGGGACUGCUUAUCAGAGGAUGAUUCUGGAACUACCAGACAGCAGCUAGCAGUAAAUCUUUUGGGAAUAUUACAAGAGGAAGGCGUGAAGGAUAAAAAGAAACUGGUGUCCUGGAAACUCCUUUUCCCCAUAACCAGCUCUUACACCUCAUUGUAUACAACCUGGAAGAUCAUAGAUCUCCUGAAAGAGAAGUCUGCAGUUAUUACCUGGUUAUCUUCAGUGAAAUCACUGCUACCUGUUACGACUCAAGUCCCUGCCCAUGUUUUUCUUCUGCUGGCUUAUCUGCUAAUCCAAGAAAAUGGAGAGAGUCUUUGUAAUGUACUCCAGGCUACUGCAGAAAUAGCCAAGGCUGAUUGUUCUCAGGUCCCAAAUCUGAUCCCAGUUCUGAUAUUUAAAUUGGGAAGACCUUUGGAGCCUGCACUUUACAGGGAUAUAUUGUAUACAUUGCCUACACUGGGCGUACACAAGGUUUGUGUAACUCAGAUUCUACGUGCCAUACACAUGCUGGGGAGCACGCCAAAGCUUAGAGCAGUUACUUUGCGGCUGAUAACAUCCUUAUGGGAAAGACAGGAUCGAAUUUACCCAGAAUUGCAGAAGUUCUUAGUGAUGUCUGAUAAGCCCUCUUUGACUGUUGACAAAGAUGCUCAAUGGGAAAAGCUGAUUGCUAAAGCUGCUUGUAUAAGAGAUAUAUGUAGGCAGAGGCCAUACCAGCAUGGAGCAGACAUGUUGGCUGCAAUUUCCCAGGUAUUAAAUGAGUGCACAAAACCUGAUCAAGCUUCACCCGCUGCCAUAGUGUUACAGGGUCUUCAGGCACUUUGUGAGGCUGAGGAGGAGGCUUCUGUUUUCCUCUUAACACAUUCAUUACUUACUGAUGAAGAGGACAG